AUGAUACCUAAAGCCCAGGGCUUUGCACAGGGUAAGAGCCCAAUAAAAUGUCAGGCAGGACCCUGGCAGGCGCUGAGGUUUCUGCAGAGUAGCGAAGGCGCGGUGCCCUUGAUUUCUAACCGGGCAGAGGGCUCUGGGAUUCGCCGGAGAGGGGCCCCACCGGGCCCCACCCCCACCCCGCGGGAGGGCCUAGGGCACCGAACCCCCCCGCGCACCGAGCCGUUGCGUUUGAAACCCACUGCGGAGUUUCAGCUCUGGACAGGAAGGUGUGGGCGCCACCGGCCCCGGCCCGCCAAGGCAGCGCCCUUUGAAAGCGGUGGGACCCGUGCUGAGGCCGACUGCAGCCCCACGCAGAAGCGCGGCAGGUGUCUGCUGGGGGGCGCUGGGGCGCCGCCGGCGGGCAGCGGGCGGCUGACGCGCUCGGGCGUUUGGCUGCGGGCGGCAGAGGGGCGCUGUAGAGGGGGCAGCAGCCGGGAGCAGGGCGAGCGAGGCGGGGCUCAGCGGGCCGGGGCCGGCGCUGGGGCCUGGCCGUUGGCCCUCGGCGGGCGUGGGGUCCAUGGGAAGGGCCGGGAGAGAACGUCAAGGCGGGCUCCUGCCCCCGCCGGGCCUGGCACGGUGCCAGGGGUGGCGGUGGACGGUCGGUCCCCCUGUCUUCGAGCCCCGAGUGGACAAAGGGAGUUCCGGAAAGAGAGGAGGAAAAUGGCCAGUGGGAGUGGGUUCCCUUGGUCCUUGGCCCUUGUGGCCAAGCACCCCUCCGCCCUGGGCCCAUUCCCCAGAUACAUCUGGAUCCACCAGGACACACCCCAAGACAGCCUAGACAAGACUUGCCAUGAAAUCUGGAAGAGGGUUCAGGGCCUGCCUGAGGCCCUGCAGCCCAGGCCCUCCAAGGAACAGCUCUCUGCCACCAUGGCUGGAACUCCAAGAGACAAAGGGAACAGCUUCCAAGAAGAAGCUCUGGAGCUCAACCAUGGCAAAGAUGAUAUCUCCCGGUUGGUGGAGCAGGAGUUCUUGAGCCUCACCAAAGAGUACCUCGUCUUGGUCACAGAGAGCUCAGGAGACCUGGAGGCACCCGGAGGCUCUCCAGAGGGGCCUAGACAGCCAGCUCCCUCCCUUCUCAUGCCUCCUCUGGUGGCAGGCAGCAGUGGAUGCUCACAGGCUCCCGUUAUUACCAGUGACAAGUUUCUGGAGCCAAAGGUGGCCGUGUCUGAUAUCGGCAGUAGGCAAGACUGCAAUUCUGCCAUGCCUGCGGUCACGGGCAACCUGUGUGCUGCCAAGAUCAACUGUGCCAAGGGGACAGAGGAUGGGGGUCACAGCCUGGGUGCCUCCAACUCGGAGAUCAGCAAACUGCUGGCCCAGUUCCCACUGAAGUCCACCGAAGCAUCCAAGGCCGCAGACAACAAGAAGGUGCAGGAGGAGAUGAGGCUCAUCAAGGACUUCCUGCAGAACAGCAUGUUCAGUGGCCCCGGACCCAGGGAGCCUUCGGGGCUGGGUCCAUGCCUGCUCCUGCCACCCCUCCCUCCUCCCACAGGCCCGGAUAAGCUCCCUAUUCUGAGGAGGCAGCUCCCAGUGUUUGCCAAGAUCUGCUCCAAGCCCAAGGCAGACUGUGCCGUGGAGAGGCAUCACUUGAUGGAACAGAACCCUGGCACCAAGGAGCCGACCAAGGGCCGAGAGAGCCUCCUUCCCAACCAGCAGUCCCAGAGCAAGAAGGACUCCUCUGGCAAGGAGGGUUGCAGCGAGCCAGUGGGCCCCAUAUCCAUGGCCCUGGCAGUCAAGAAGCCUGCGUGUCCAGCUGAGAAGACCCUGGGCUAUGAGUUUCUUGGGACCAUCAAGAACCCAAGUGGGCAGCUGAAGCUUCGCAGCAAAGUGGAGGUGGAUAGGCUGGAUCCGAAAACUAACACGCCUGUGACGGUGGCUGCCAAGAACAACCUCAAGCACACGGGGAAGGUUUUCACCCAACACUGUGCCACAGCCUUGCCCUCUGCCACACCCCUGACCCAGCCGCUCUGGCUCAGCCUGAACUAUGCGCCACCUCCUGUGUUCACCAAUCACUCCACCUUCCCGCAGUAUCAGGGCCUGUACCCUCAGUGGGCAGCCAGGAUGCCCUGUCAGCAGACCCUGCACCCCCCGCUGGGGUGCUACUCCCAGCAGGUGAUGCCAUAUAACCUACAGCAGAUGGGACAGCAGAUUUUCCACUCUUCCUACAACCCCCUGCUGAGCUACAUCUCCUUCGUCCAGCCCAACUAUCAGUACCCUCAGGGGACACCCCCGAAACUCUCCACCAAUCCCCGAGACCCUUCCCUCAUGGCAAGUGAUGGGCCGCAGUACCUCAUCCCCCAGGCAUAUGGGUUCGGCUCAACAUCUGGUGGGGCCCUGAGGAAUAGCCCUUAUUUUUCCUCCAGUGGGAAUGGCAAAAAUUUUUAGACCUCCUCCUCUUCUCCCUUAGCCCUAGGAUCAGGGCUAAGGGCUCUGGAUUUCUGGGUUCUGCAAACAGCUUGGCAUGAAGUUUGGAAAGCGAAUGCUCCGACCAGGUCUGAGACAGAAAACAGCAAGACCAGACUCAUCUAUUGACCAACACCACACACACACACAUGCACACGCGCGCACACACACACACACACACACACAGAGCCCAAGCCACAUAUACCCUCAUCUUCAUGCUCACUUGCCCAACUGCAUAAGCACCUGUAUUUAGCUAACAUGAGUGAUUUUUGUUUUUGUUGUUCAAA